ACCAUCAAUAUGUCAAUCUCCCCAUCCCUACCGCAUACCGCUUUGUGCACGAGAUUUUGGGUUAAAGGAAAAUAACAAAAAUAAACAAACCUCACGUGUGCAUGGCUGAUGCCAGUCCAGCCAAGAAACCCAAGAUGACCGCAGACGUCGAAGCUGCUGCGCCUCCGGCUGCAGCUGCAUCUGAAAACUGUGCUCACUGGGUGCAUCGCAAGAAACGCUACUGCAAAAUGUCUCCAAACAAGGGCAGUUUGUUUUGUGGAGCACACGAGCCGCCCUCAGAGGAAUCCCAGGAGAACUCGGAUGCUGAACGCAUUCCCUGCCCACUGGAUCCCAAGCACACAGUCUUUAAGCGCAAACUCGCCAAACACUUGUCCAUUUGCAAUGCCAGAGAUCAGGUUAGCACUGUUCCCUAUAUUGUGAAAAACAUUAAUGCUGGCGAGGAGUUGGAAGUAAGUAAGCAACAAGAACUGGACAUCUACGAGAAGCUGAAGCUACAUGAACUGGAGGAUGCAGAAUUCUAUGGCGUGAUAGAGAAAGUAAAGCAACUGUUUGACACACAUAUCGCCGAUAAAAUCGAUGAAAUUCAUCUGCAGCAUGCUUCACUCGAGGAGCCGCUUAGCCACGAUGAGUAUGGUCAGGAGACGCGCAAGCAUCUGGUACAGACCUCCGCCUUGCUUGGAAUACUUGAAAACCAUCAACAACUUGUCAACAACACAAGCUACAUUGAAUUCGGCGCUGGAAAGGGACAACUUGCCUUUUAUCUGGCCACGGCUUUGGAUUCACAGCAACUGCUAAACUCGCAGGUGGUGCUCGUGGAUCGUCUGUCGCUGCGCCACAAGAAGGACAACAAACUGAGCAAUAAGCAGCUGGUGCAACGCAUUCGUGCCGACAUCGCUGAUCUUCGCAUGUCGCAACUGCCGGAGUUGCAACGCACUCAGCGCAAUGUUGCGCUAUCUAAGCAUCUGUGUGGCGCUGCAACAGAUCUGACACUGCGCUGCAUACUCCAAGAUGCUGCUUGCUCCACGGACUAUAUCCUGAUUGCGUUGUGCUGUCAUCAUCGCUGCUCUUGGCGCUCCUACGUGGGCAAGACGUGGCUGCUGGACGCGGGCAUCACGCCUCGUGAGUUUGUCAUCAUGACCAAGAUGGUAAGCUGGGCUGUCUGUGGCUCUGGAUUAAGUCGCGAGCGUCGCAAGGCCAUGGCGGAGGCUGAGGCGGAUCCCCACAAGGAAGCACUGCCGGAGGUGUCGCAAAGAUUGAGCCGCGAGGAACGCGAAUUAAUUGGCUAUCAGUGCAAACGUGUGCUUGAUUUUGGGCGUCUGGAGCACCUGAAAACCAAUGGCUACGAGGCCUCACUGAAGUUCUAUGUGCCACGCGAUGUCACCUUAGAGAAUGUGAUUCUAUUGGCACGACGCGCCAAGUGCAAUAAAAAUGACAGUUGAUUUAAUAUUGAAUAUUUG